UACCAGUGAUAGUACUUUGACAGCGAGCGAGCGAGCGAGCGAGCUAGCUAGCUUAGUAGCUUCACUUCACAUCGCUGCUAUCUCACUGACCGACCUCCGCUCCCAAGAUGGCUGGCGUUCGACCCCUUGGUGUUCUUUCCAGGUUGACAUCAAGGCGAUAUACUCUCUACACAGGCAGCAAUUUUCGCACCUUCUCAGUAGCUCCUGCUAUGUUAGCUCGAACCCAUGUGAACUAUGAAGUCAAGGGCGAUGUUGCUGUUGUACGGAUCAACGACCCAAACUCCAAGGUUAACACACUUUCGAUUCAAAUGCAAAAAGAAAUGGCAGAAGUAAUGUCUGAAGUGUGGGCCAACAACGCUGUUCAAAGUGCCGUCCUCAUCUCUUCAAAGCCAGGAUGCUUCAUUGCAGGAGCUGAUAUUAAUAUGAUCCAGGCCUGCAAAAAUGCAGAAGAGGUCACCAAACUUUCUCAGGAAGGGCAGAAGAUGUUCGAGCAGGUUGAAAAAUCUUCUAAGCCUAUCGUUGCCGCCAUCAACGGCUCUUGCUUGGGAGGAGGCUUAGAGUUUGCCAUUGCCUGCCAGUACAGAAUUGCAACAAAGAGCAAGAAGACAGUUCUUGGUACUCCUGAAGUAAUGCUGGGUCUUUUACCUGGAGCUGGUGGAACACAGAGACUCCCCAAAAUGGUUGGUCUACCCAGUGCCUUUGACAUGAUGCUGACAGGAAGAAAUAUUCGUGCAGAUAAAGCCAAGAAGAUGGGCCUUGUUGACCAACUUGUAGACCCCCUAGGACCUGGGCUGAAGAGUCCAGAGGAAAGAACAAUAGAAUACCUUGAGGAAGUUGCCAUUGAAUGUGCCAAAGGGAUCGUCAAUAAGAAGAUACCUCUCCGCAAAGAGAAAGGCAUGAUGCAGAAAAUUCAAGACUACAUUAUGGGCUUUGGGUUUGUACGGAAUAAAAUUUACAGCACUGUCCACGGUAAAGUUAUGAAGCAGAGCAAGGGACUUUAUCCAGCACCCCUGAAAAUAAUUGAAUGUGUGAAGACUGGAGUAGAACAAGGCCCUAUUGCUGGAUACUUAGCUGAGUCUCAGAAUUUUGGUCAGUUGGCAAAGACGCCAGAAUCCUCAGCCCUGAUUGGGCUCUACCAUGGUCAAGUUGCAUGCAAGAAGAACCGCUUUGGAACUCCUCAAAGAGAAGUGAAGACUCUUGCCAUCCUUGGAGCAGGUCUUAUGGGAGCAGGUAUUGCCCAGGUGACUGUGGACAAAGGUGUGCACACAAUCCUGAAGGAUACCACUGUGGCUGGACUGGCCAGGGGAGAACAGCAGGUUUAUAAAGGGCUCAAUGACAAGACCAAAAAGAAGAACAUCACGUCUUUUCAGAGAGACUCCAUACUGUCCAACUUGACUGGGCAGCUGGAUUACAGUGGCUUUGAAAAUGCCGACAUGGUUAUUGAAGCUGUGUUUGAAGACAUUAACAUCAAGCAUGCAGUCGUGAAGGAGGUGGAAGCCGUGGUUUCCCCUCACUGCAUAUUUGCCAGCAACACCUCUGCUCUGCCCAUCAAGGAUAUUGCUGCUGCCAGCAAGAGACCAGACAAGGUGAUUGGAAUGCACUACUUCUCUCCAGUGGACAAGAUGCAGCUUCUGGAGAUUAUAACCACUGAUCAGACGUCAAAGGACACUACAGCCUCUGCUGUGGCAGUCGGCCUGAAGCAGGGCAAAGUCAUCAUAGUUGUUGGGGAUGGACCUGGAUUCUAUACAACAAGGUGUCUGGCUCCCAUGUUGGCUGAAGCAGUACGAGUACUUCAGGAAGGAGUUGACCCCAAGAAGUUAGAUGCACUCACCACAGGCUUUGGGUUCCCUGUGGGUGCAGCCACACUGGCUGAUGAAGUUGGUAUUGACGUUGCAGCCCAUGUGGCCGAAGACCUUGGCAAAGCUUUUGGCUCCCGCUUUGGAGGUGGAAACGUGGAGGUUCUCAAGACCAUGGUGGACCUAGGAUUUAAGGGCCGCAAAUCAGGAAAGGGUUGCUACGUCUACCAGCCAGGACUCAAGGUCAAAGAUGUCAACCCAGAUAUUGGAGAAAUCCUUGAAAAAUACAAGAUGACACCAAAUCCUGCUGUUUCAUCAGACUCUGAUGUUCAAUACAGACUUGUCUCUCGAUUCGUCAACGAGGCCGUGCUCUGUUUGCAAGAGGGCAUUUUGAACAACCCUCUGGAAGGAGACAUCGGGGCUGUGUUUGGCCUUGGAUUCCCCCCCUGCCUCGGAGGACCUUUCCGUUAUGUGGACACCUUUGGUGCUGACAAGCUGGUGGGGAAGAUGAGGCAGUUUGAAGCUGUCUAUGGGAACCAGUUCACACCAUGCCAACUCCUACUGGAUCAUGCAAAGGAUUCUAGCAAGAAAUUUCACAAGUGACCGACCCACCAUGUGUGCCAGUAGCUUUGGAUUGAACUCCAGCCUAUCGCUAGAAUGUGCCUAACAUUUAUAUCCUAUCAUGAGUGGGGGGCAAACAUAGUGAAAAUGCUGUCCGUUUAGUACACUUUAUUAGGUACACCUACUAAAACUAAGUGUAAUACAACAUACCUGCAAUAAGUAAUACUCACUGAUGAAAAUGGGGUUAAACCCUCAACAAAAACGGAACAUUACAACCUUCAUGAAUGAUGGAUUUAUUCCAAGACUGCUGUAUUAGACUGCAUAAGUUUUAGCUAGGUGUACAUAAUAAACUGGCACCACGGUGUGUAAUGUCAGCAAAAUGGAUGUGUUUUUUUGUACUUUAACAUUAUUGAUUUACUUGAUGUAUAGAUUGAGGAGCAAAUGGAGGGUAAUUAUUCACACAUUGCAGAUGUAAAGAUACUGUAGAUGCUGAAGAAUUAAAAAAUAUUUUCCAACUGGCAA